GUUGCAUUCUCCGGGAGCGGCAACAUGAGGACGGUCACCGCGCUCUGCCUCGGCACGGCGUCUGCCUUCAUGGCGACGAGCGCCCACAAGCCCAAGCUCGCGGCGCGCAAGGCGACGGAGACCCUGCCCGAGGGCGAGUUCGAGUACCGCGUGGCUAUUCUUGGUGAUCUCCACGUGCACAGCGGCGUUGUUAUUCAUACGUUGUUUAUUACCGAAAGAUGCGACGCGGGAGAGCGUUUCCGAACAGCCCAAAGAGACGGCGCCGCCGCGCGCGACGCGAGCCGCACCGACGCCGGAACACGCGUCAUAACCGCGCAGGUCGACCCGAGAGACCUGGACCACACCAUGGAAGGAAGGGAACACAUGAAGGCGCACAACCCCGACUUCGUCGUCUCUCUAGGUGAUUUGGGAGAGUCCAAGGACUGCACGGAGUCGAAGCAGUUGUACGCGGGCACGACGCCGUGCUUCAAAUUAGUCAGGGACUACUUCGACGGCUUCGGCGUCCCGUUCGACGUCGUCGGCGGCAACCACGACCUCGAGGGCAUCGACGAGUUCAACACCGACGCCGAGAACCUGGAGGCCUACCUCCAUCACUUGGGCAAGGACACGCCGCAGUUCUGCCACGAGAUCGCCCCCAAGACGCUGCUAGUCGGUCUCGGGUCGACCAAAUUCCGCGACGCGACCUACACGUCCCACGAGGUCUUCGUCGACGCCGAGCAGGUCAAGUGGUUCGAGGAGCUCGUGGCCUCGAAGCCGGCCGAGGAGGGCUGGUCCAUUUUUUGCUUCUCCCACGCGCCGAUCAUCGGCAGCGGCGUCCGCGUCCUGCAGGAGAACCACGUGGUCAACGGCUGCUGCUGGCUGAACCACAACGGCGGGCCCGGCGCGGCCCCGCAGAACUUCAUCGACAUCGUGCGCAGAAGCCCGCAGAUCAAGGGCUGGUUCAACGGCCACUUCCACCUGUCGCACGACUACGAGGACUCGAUCACGUUCCCGGGCGGCAACAACCGCGGGUCGUGCGUCUUCGCCCAGACGGGCUGCAUGACGGCUCGCUCGUCCCGAGACGGGCGGCGCCACUCGCGCUUCAUCCGGGGCAACGAGCACGGCUUCGAGAUCUGCACCGUCGACCACUCGAAGGGCGGCGUGUUGCGACUCGACGCGACCGUGACCUACGCGGACGAGUGCGCCGCGGACGGCGAAGCGUGCUCGACCCUCGUCUUCGCGCACGACCACGAGGACUACGACCACGACCUCUGGUUCCAGGCCUACGUGCCCCAGGAGGGCGACGGCUGCUACAUCGAGAACCCCGACGGCGUUAUUAACAUGCCCGGUUCGGAGCUCGACGAUUUGUCGGACCCCAACGCCGUGUGCUGGUGGCACAUGAAGGACGGCGCCGUGCUCGGCGUGCACAACGGCAUGAUCAUCGAGUACGACGAGUCGACGCUCGCGCCGCUGGGCAUGGUCGUGUCGCGCGACGAGCUGCAGGGGCGCCGCGUCGCCGUCGUCGACAACGGCUACGGCGGCUCGACCUGCCUCCUGUAUGAUGACGAGAACAACUCGGAAGUCACCGUCGUGCAGCCGAACGAGGACGGCACGUACUGGCGCAAGGUCGUGCGGAACAAGAUGUACCGCACGCGCGAAAAACGCAACGUCGACGCGGCGAAGAAGUUCAUCCAGAAGGUGCUGCCCGACCAGGACCACGACGUCAUGUCGUCCUACGGUCCCUACAUCUCCACCGUGGGCCAGGUCAUGGGCGUGUCCACGAAGGCGUUACCGUUCAAGGCCGAGGACACGACGAAGCUUACCAAGAGCCGCUAG